UAUUAAAUCAAUUACGCUUUACUCUAUAAAUCAGUAUUGCUUUGGCUUCUGUAGGAGCAACUGUGUUUUAUGUUGACCUUUUGUUAACUUGUGAAUACGUUUUUUUAUGUGCACAACUAAAAUAAUUAAUAAUUGUGUAAGAGAAAAAAAAUUAUUUAAUAAAUAUAUUGCUAAGGUAUUCUCGAUACACUCUAUAGAGAAAGGCUCGUACAACAUUUAUACUCUGACAAUUAGAAUAUAUAAUGAAGAGCAGAAUGCAGUCUUUCGUGCUUGUUACAUGUCUACUAGCCUUAUUUGUUCAGACGGUCGUUUACGCAAUUGAUCCUGAAAUCGUUCAACAAUUGCGUCCAGACUUAGAAAAAUGUGCAAAAACAUUGCCAAAGUGUGAAAAUGAACCGAAGGAUUUUUUUAUAAGGUCUGAUGUGUGGUAUUGUUUAUUAUCACAGUAUGGCAUAAUUGAUAAAAAUGGUGUAGCGAUGAAGGAAAAUGCUCUUAUAUUUUGUGACAAGCUGAUCUCUGAUCUUAAUGAUGUGGCUUUAUGCAAGAAGAUAAUCUUGGAGUGUGUGGAGAAAAGUAAUCAACCAAAUCAAAAAUCAGAAUCCGACAAAGAAAAAAGCAAAGAUGAAGUAGAGUGUGUGAUAAGAAAAGGUUUAGCAGACGUCUUUAAGCAACAAAAAUAAAAGAAAACGCAUAAAGAAAGACCUGUUGAAAGUAUCAGUGCAGUUACACUAAAUAAUCAUUAUUUUAUGCCAAUUUUAAAUAUAAAAUAUUUCUGUUUUAUUAUAGCCCUAUAUUGUAUUUCUUAUUAGCGUUUUGAAUUAAUAUGUUAUGCUAACAAUAAACCACAGUGCAUAAAGGUA